AUGGAGUUAGUCUCCGCCGGUGGUGCCUCCCCGUCGUCCCUGCUGUGUGAAGAGAACAUGGACGACAUUUUUGGGUGCAAUGACGGCGAGGGGGAGAUGCCGGAGUUGGGGGCCGACCUUGAUUUCCAGGGCUUUCCGUUGGAGAGCGACGAGGUUGUAGCAUCCCUCAUGGAGAAGGAGAAGGAGCAACUUGUUGAUGUUGCAACGGGGGCUUAUCUCCAGAGGUUGAACGGUGGAGGACUGCUGUCCUCUUGGAGGAUUGCUGCCAUUGAUUGGAUCACCAAGGCUCAGGCUCAUCAUAAUUUUGGACCACUGUGCUUUUAUCUCUCUGUUAAUUAUCUUGAUAGGUUCCUCUCCACAAAUGAACCCCCGGUUGGCCAGCCCUGGAUGCAGCAGCUACUCUCAGUUGCUUGCCUAUCCAUUGCAGCCAAGAUGGAGGAGGCUGUGGUUCCUCGGUGCGCAGACUUCCAGGUUUGCAGUGAGAAGUAUAAGUUUGGUGCAGAAGCUAUUAAGAAUGUGGAGUUUUUUGUUCUGAGGUCUCUGAAAUGGAGGAUGCAAGCUGUGACCCCAUUCUCUUACAUCAACUAUUUCGUGGACAAGUUCACCCAGGCAACUAAGUUCCUGCAAUUCAGACCUUCUGAGAUUGCUGCAGCCGUGGUUCUAUCGGCAGCUGUUGAAAGUCACGUUCUUGACUUCAGCAGCGCUCUUAUAGCUUCUAACAUACUCGUUGACAAGGAAAAUGUGAGGAGAAGCUGUGAAGCAAUGCAAGAGGUCGGGUUAGUGAAGAACGUCGAAGGAUGCAAUGCGAGUCCUUCAGUUCCCAAGAGCCCAUCUGGUGUGCUGGAUGGCCCAUGCUUCAGCUUCAAGACUGACGACAACCAGACACCAGGGUCAUCACAAGCGGACAACAACAACAAAAACCAGGCUUACACUCCAGCUAACAAGAGGACAAGGCUAGACGCCUAG